CGACUGCGAGCGCAAAAGCUUGGACGCAGAGCCUCGGUGCAUACCAGCCUGCACACCACCAACCACCACCUCUAUACGCCUCAUUUCUUUUUAAUUGAAACCUUUUACUCCCUCUCGCAGGCAUUGCUGCAGGACUAGGAUGACUGGGAAGACCCAGACCAGCAACGUGACCAACAAGAAUGACCCGCGCUCCCUCAACUCCCGAGUCUUCAUUGGCAACCUAAACACGGCCGUGGUAACCAAGGGCGACAUCGAGGCCUUCUUCGCCAAAUACGGCAAGAUCUUGGGCUGCUCGGUGCACAAGGGUUACGCCUUCGUCCAGUACGCCAGCGAGAGGAACGCCAGGGCCGCCGUGGCAGGGGAGAACACCAGGGUCAUCGCCGGACAAUCACUGGACAUCAACAUGGCAGGAGAGCCAAAACCAUACAGGCCUAAGAUCGGCUCCAAGAGGCCUCUCUCGUCCCUCUACAGUGGCUACGAGUUUGACUAUGACUACUACAGAGAUGAUUUCUACAGCAGACUCUUUGAGUACCACGGUCGUGUUGUGCCUCCGACCCGGGCUGUGAUUCCUAUCAAACGUUCCCGGCUAGUUGUCCCUUCAACACGCAGAGCCAAAUCCUCCUUUCCUGUCAGAGCCUGUUCAUCCUCUUCCUCAUCCUCCUCUUCCUCCCCUCGAGUGCUGAACGUCGGUUGUUCAAUAGCUGCCCCUAAACUGAAGACGGACCAGCUCCUAACAAUCAAAAAGGAGCUGUCACAGAUCAAAACCAAGAUCGACUCGCUGCUUGGAAGGCUGGAGAAGAUUGAGAGGCAACAUCGUUCUGACGGCGAUAUGCAGAGGAAACAAGAGGAGGUGUGUGAGUGUCUCCAUGGCAACGCAGUGGACCACUCUGGUGAAGAGGAUGUGGAGGGGGCAGCCGAAGUGGAGGCGGGGGAGAUGACAGACGGUGGCGAAGACGACUAUGAAGAUGAAGGCACCAGUGAAAUGUUGGUAAAGCCUACCUACUGUACAAGAAGUUGGGAGUACUGAUACCAGCAAAACCUUCUUCAUCAAGAGGGUGUAUUUGAAAUUAAGAAAGCUAUGACGGGAGCGACUGGCAGCUGAAGACGAGUUUCUCAAACUUGUGUGUUGCUAGUUUGCCUGAUUAGAACACGGCACUUCUUCAUCCAAAUGCUGGUUAGGAAAUUAUCUCCAGACUACUGCAAGAUCCACUGCACAGAGAAAUCAGUAUCCCCCAUUCAAACGUAUUGCCUCUUCGAAAAACAUGGACAAUAAAUUGUGUGCUUAAUAUGAUAUAAACAGGUCUGUAUUGUGAAUAAAAAUACAGUAACAUGAUCAAUCAGAUCAACCAGGAACUCUUUUGUUGUACUGCAAAUGUUUGUUUUUUUUUGUUUCUGUGAAAACUGUGACCAGCCGUGAAGCCGGCAGAGAGCUAAAUAUGAAUGUAAGAGGAACACCAUUUCUUUCACAUUGAUGUGUUUUUGCUUUUUCUGUACAUUUGGUUGAUUUGUACAGUAUGUAAUUUGUUCACAUUGCCUCCACAUGGUAUUGUAAGCAUUUCAUUUGUUAAAACAUUAUAAGUUGCUUGUGUUAAACUCUGUGUAUGGUUAAAAUACGUUGAUUAUUUUUUAUUAUCAGCAUGUUAAAAAUGUGGCUGUUAUGGAUCAUUUGUAUUCAUUACAUCUGUUGUACAGCUAUAGAUGAUAUCAGAUUUUGAAAUAAACCUGUUCCUCCUCCCAAAAAAGGAAAAAAAAACA